AGUACAGUAUAGAGAAUCAGCAGUCAUUUCUUUUAAGAGGUGUUCUCUCUGGACAUACUGUAGUUUUAAACCAUGGAUGAAGAAGUGAACAUGAAGAAAGGUGAAAGGAAGGGGAAGGUGACGCUGAUCCUGGCUGCAGCCUCUCUGAUUGCGGGAUUUGGUUCAUCUUUUCAAUAUGGAUACAAUGUAGCUGUGGUCAACUCACCUGCCCCUGAGAUGCAGCAGUUCUACAGGCGAAUAUAUGUUGAUCGUUAUGGCCCAAUGUCAGACAAUCUCCUCACCCUCUUGUGGUCCGUAACUGUGUCCAUGUAUCCACUGGGAGGGUUCUUCGGCUCUCUCAUGGUGGCUCCAUUGGUGAACAAAUUUGGAAGAAAAGGCACACUCCUGUUCAAUAACAUCUUCUCUAUUGUUCCUGCUAUAAUGAUGGGUGUGAGUGAAGUGGCGGGGUCAUUCGAGAUCAUCAUUGUCGCACGUUUUCUGGUGGGCAUCUGUGCAGGUCUGUCUUCCAAUGUGGUGCCCAUGUAUUUGGGAGAGAUCGCACCUAAGAAUUACAGAGGGGCCGUCGGGAUUGUCCCUCAGCUUUUCAUCACCGUUGGUAUUCUUGUUGCCCAGAUAUUUGGUAUUCGCAGUAUCCUUGGAAAUAAAGAAGGCUGGCCCAUCAUGUUGGGUCUCACAGGGAUUCCAGCUGCCAUUGAGCUGCUGCUUCUGCCUUUCUUCCCUGAGAGCCCUCGCUACAUGCUCAUACAGAAGGGGGAUGAAAAAACUGCCAGGAAAGGCCUGCAGCGUCUGCGAGGCUGUGAGGACGUGGAUGAGGAGCUUUGUGAGAUGCGCGCUGAGGAGCAGUCGGAGCGAGCAGAAGGUCGACUCUCUCUGCUCAACCUCUUCACCUUCCGCUCUCUGCGCUGGCAGCUGCUGUCUGUGAUCUUCAUGAACAUGGGCCAGCAACUGUCAGGAGUCAACGCUAUUUAUUACUAUGCUGACAGCAUCUACAGUUCAGCAGGAGUGAGUGAAGAUCAUGUUCAGUAUGUGACUGUCGGGACAGGAGCUGUAAAUGUCUUCAUGACCAUAACAGCUGUGUUCAUAGUGGAGAAAUCUGGAAGAAAGUUGUUGCUACUGAUCGGCUUUGGCAUCUGCUGUGCAGCCUGUGUUAUUUUGACCAUUGCGCUCUACUUUCAGACUACACUGGACUGGAUCCCCUACGUCAGCAUCGUCUGUGUCAUUGUUUACGUCAUCGGACAUGCCAUCGGUCCGAGUCCUAUUCCCACUGUAAUCACCACCGAGAUGUUCCGGCAGUCUUCUAGACCUGCAGCCUUCAUGGUGGCCGGAUCUGUUCAUUGGCUAUCUAACUUCACAGUCGGCCUGGUCUUCCCUUUUCUAGAGAGAGGCCUGGGCCCAUACAGCUUCAUCAUUUUUGCUUGCAUCUGCCUCGCCACACUGAUCUACAUCUGGAUUGUCAUCCCAGAGACCAAAAACAAAACUUUCCUGGAGACCAGCAAGCUGUUUGCUCAGAGAAACAAGGUGGAGAUUAUGGCGGAGGCCUCAGACUCUAAGAUGAAAGAGACGGGAGAGGGAAACCGCGGACAGGAAAUUAGCAGCACAUUUCUCUGAAUGGGUAAGAGUUACUCACACAGGACAUGUUCAUGCAUCUGUAAUGAUUUAAUCUUUUAUGUUUUAAUCCUGUUGUCCUGUCCUGUGUUGAAAAAAUACUUAUAUUUUGCCUUCUAUUGGAUUCUGUAUUCGGAUUAAUGACAGAAAAUGUAAAAAUCAGAAUAAUAUGUAUAUUUUGGUUUAAAAUGCAUGUGCCUGUUUCUUACAAAUACUUUUUGUAUUCUUUUUAUAUUUUUGCUGUUGUUGUUGUGUAUUGCUGCAAUGCCAAUUUCAGUAAAGUAUUAGUGAUUGAUGUAACCAUCUACUAAAAAGUAAUAUAUUUUAUUUUUGAAAAUAUCUUGUAUUAUUUACUGAUAUCAUUUGUCUUUUAAGCCUUUCAUUUUUUUUUUGCUGUCAUAAAGAUCAAAUGAUCUGAUCCGGUUAACCUUUAAAUACACUGUAGUACUAUAUUUAGUAUGUUAUAAAUGUAUGCAUGUUCGGGUGGAUAUAUAAAUAUCUAAGGCUUUUAUUUAACAAACCUUUAUUAGUAUUGUUUUAACAAAAUUACUUCACUUGUUAUUUCCUUUCUAAGAAGUGAUAUAAUAUUAUAAUCAUAUCUUUUUGCCUCAUAUUAUCACGUAUCGUCACCUCAGAAUUAUAAGGUUCUGUCUGCGUUCUAAAGGAUUUUGAGAUAUUGAGCUUCAAAGUUUUUGCAUUCCAUAUGGCAAGUAAUAUGUGUGUAACAGUUCUCUUUCAUACAUUAACAUGACAGAGACCCUAAAUGUACUCUAAAUGUAAAUGAUCAAAAUUCUCUUAAAUUUGCAAAUUGGGGUUAAAAAAACAGGGCAAAUGCAGAUCGAACCUUCUAAUUGUAAAAAGUCAUUUUUUUCGCUUUGGGUUAUAAGGUUCUAUCUGGUAAAUCAUUAAUUGAAGCAUUUCUUACCAAGACAUACAAUCACAAAAAAUAAAAAUGGGUUUGUAACAAUAU